AUGUCUUUUCAUAUCUAUCCUUCCAUAUCAGUCUAUUGUGUCUUUUCACAUCUAUCUAUCUAUCUAUCUAUCUAUUUGUCUAUCUAUCCACUUCUUUCUCUCUCUCUAAGGCCAGUCAAGAAACAGUUCCCUGCAGCGAGUGCCACUCUCCAACGCAGACAUGUCUCGUCAUGUUCUUUCUUUCUUUCUUUCUUUCUUUCUUUCUUUCUUUCAACUCCUUUUGAGUGUUCGUUCUUUUUUCUUUUGUUCAACUAUUUUCUUCUUUCUUUCUUUCUUUCUUUCUUUCUUUCUUUUUUCCACCUCUCAUUUAUCUUUUCUUUUCAUAUUUUGUUUUUUCCUUCCUUCUUUCUUUCUUUCUUUCUUUCUUUAUAUUUUCAUUUCUUACUUUCUUUCACCUCCUUUCGACGUCUUUAUCUUUCGUUGAACUAUCUUCUUGAUCUUUCUUUCUUUUCUUUUCUUUUCUUUUCUUUCUUUCUUUCUUUCAAUAUCAAUGUUUCAAUAUUUUCUUUCUUUUCUCCUUUUCGAUUUUCCCUUUUGACGUGUCGAUUAGACUUACAUAAUCACGUCAUUAUGUUAAUCUAUCUAUCUAUCUAUCUAUCUAUCUAUCUAUCUAUCUAUCUAUGGUUUUGUAUGAGUCGAUUUCAUAUCAUCAUUACAGCCCUUAAACGUCACUUUGCUCCAUAUUCUUUAUUCUUUCUUUUUUUCUCAUUCACUCUUUCUUCGUUUCUUUCAUUCAGUUUAGCACACCAUUACAAACCUUAUAUGUCACUUUCCUUUAUCUUGUUAUAUUCUUACAUUUAUUUUAUUCCUUCUUUCUUUUGUUUCUUUCAUUCACUUUAG